AACAAUUGUAAGUUCAUCAUUUUUAGAAUUUGAGUCUUGACAAUUUGGAGAAAACUUGGUGUGCAAGGUCCAAUUAAGAGAUUAAUGGAGCGUUUGACCACAUUUGAAAUGAAAUCCAAUUAAGAUUGUGUAUGACCAUAAUUAAUUUAGUGGUGGGAAACUUGUUGGGCAAGUCCUUUCCUCUGUAUUAAUUCAGCCUUCUAAUCUCUUGGUUUUCGCUUAAGAACAUUACUCAUGUCUCUGCUUCUCAACCAGCCCUUGAAGAUCUGCUUUCGGAGGAAACCUGGGUUGGUAAGAUCCUCUCCUCCUCUCUCUAAUGGCUUCUCAACUUCCUUGUUGCAAACCCCUCCUUGUACCAUCAUUGACGCUGAUCCUUGUGGAAGGGGUCUCGGAAAACUCGUCGUUAAAUAUCAUAAUGAAUAUCAUCUCACUGAUUUGGAAAAGAAGGUGGCUAUGGAGUUGGUGGAUAUUCCAAUGGCAACGAUCGGGUCAUCCCAUGGUUGGGUAGCUACUUUGAAGGAAGACGGAAUACUGCGUCUCCAAGAUGAUCUAAACCCAAAUGCAUCCUAUACAGAACCAAAACGUAUUCCCCUGCCUCCUCUUGUAACUCUGCCUCAUUGCCAAACUCAAAUCGUUACCAAUGUGUCAAUGUCCUCAUCUUCUCCUGAGGAUGAGGACUGUGUCGUGGCGGUCAAGUUCUUGGGACCUCAAAUAAGCUUUUGCAGACCGGCUAAAAGUAAUUCCGAGUGGAUCAACAUCAGAAUCGCAAACCCCUGCUUCUACUCCUCUCGUGUCAUGUUUUCGGAGAAAGAUGAGAUGUUUCGCAUACUCGGAUCUGGAGGCCAUAUCAUUGGAUCAUGGGAUCUCCACACACAGAAGCAAAACCCAUUUCAGAGGUUGCAGUUCCUAAACCUUCCCAAGCUGACAAAGACCAAACGAGAGCUUAUGGAUUCGUGCUACAAAAGCGAACACUUGUUGGAGUCAAGAACCACCGGUGAAACUUUCUUAGUUAAGUGGUAUAGGAAAGCCGUCUGGAGAGGUAUGUCGAAACUGAAAACAAAAGCUUUAAUGGUGUUCAAGCUAGACUAUAAAGGGAACGCUUUUAGUGUUUACACUCAAGACAUUGGAGAUCUCUGCAUUUUCCUCUCAAAGUCUGAACCAUUUUGUGUACCUGUUAGCUCCUUUCCCGGCAUCAUGCUCCCUAACCACGUCGAACUCGCGGAUGUCGGUGAAACCGGAUUUGUCAAGCUGGCUGAUUACUCCAUCUUUGCUCAUAAUACUAGAAUCGGGCCCGGUUACCAUAUUCCACCUCAAAAUAUAGAGUAGUUUGAUAGGUCCCAGUUAUAGGACAAUCAAUGUUGAUCAAGAACAAAGACAAGAACACUUUGGUUCUCAAAGACUUUAGAACAAGUUACUACAAUUUUUUUCUUCCCCUUAGAUUGUGCAAUAAACAUGCUUGAAUACACAAGAAAAUAAAGUAACAACUAAGGCACGUGAAACGUGGGUAAGUAAACACAUUGCCACUAACUACAAUAAUUAAAAUAACUCAAACUCUUGGCCACGUAAUCUUCUUCCUCAAUUUGUAUCUCAUCAGUAGUUGUUUGGAAAUGAGUUUGAGGCUGGAAUCUCGUCUUUUCUUUUUAAAUCUUGAAACAUGGAAUCUAUUUUUAUAUAUUCUAAGUGAGAUUGAUAUGCAUAUGUUAAUCUACUUUAGUUAUGUUGUGUGUCAAAAACCUUCCACGGUCUUGGGAUCAUAAGUCAAAAACUCAUUUCCUUUCUGCCAUAGCAGGAUCAAGUUUCACAAGUUUAUAUCUCUUCAAGAUCCCCGUGAUAAAUCAUUGAAGCCAAGUUCCAUCCAAUCUGUGCCUGUGACUUUACAGUCAUGUUUACCAAAUGACGUUAUGGAUUUGCCUUAGGUUAGCAUAAUGAUCGAAACGUUAGUUUUUGAUUUAGAGACAAUUUGGAGAAAAAUAAAAUGUAAUUGAUAUUUGAGCCUGAAGAUCGUUACAUUUUUGAUGCUUAAAACCGAAAA